GCAGUGUGGACACAGAUCUGACAGGAGUUGCUAGUUACCUAUCUUAUAGAUGUUUACGAAAUGCGCACUGUUCAUCAGCGACUGUUGCUUGAUAGAUUAGAGAUUGGGCACGUUUGAAAUAACAUAAUUGCAAAUUACUGUAGACUGGACUUGCGCAUUAAAAGUAUGGACGACCUGAUGAUAUUGACGACUAAAUCAGUCGCAUGGCCUAACGUUAGCUAAACAUCGAAAUUCUUUAUCGUUGUUCUUUAUUGGGAAAGGAAUUCACGGUAACAUUAUCGACUUUCGCCAACUCGAGAUUUACCUAAUGAAUUCUAUCUUUCCAAGAAAAUAUUCCGUGCAGUCCUAGAGGCUAAUUGGUAGGGCCUUAAAGGCCGUUGAUUAUUAUUAGCUGCGUCCUACAAGGCCCUCUGCGUGGUAUAAAUAUGUUAUGCAUCACAUGAAUGUUUAGUGACAUUUAAUUUGCUUUAUGUUGGACAAUUCUAACCCAUUGAACAAAAGGAAGACUAUUACUGUUCAGAGCGUGAUGCUUUAAUUGAGCAGGUGAAAAUGACAGUGUCGAGUAUCACUGCUGGUUUUUUCAGUUGUCAUUCCAUCAAUUAUCAAACAACAGAAAGAGAAAUAGAGAAUGGAUUAAACAUGGAUUCAGUCCAGAAUAUGGUUUGAAAUUUGAGAAGGUCUUCUACCACAUUUCACUUGUAGCGGUUGCUGUGUCGCAAAACCCCACUGGAGACGGCCUGCUGAGUCAAUGGAGGACUCUCCAAAGUUAAACAUUUCAAAGUUUGGGGAGGAUGAAAAUGUAGAGGAGCAGCAGCAGGAGGAAGAAGAGGAGGAGGAAGAGGACAAUGACGAUUAUGAGGAAGAGGAGAUUGAGGAUAAGGACUCGGAUUCAAACGCGUCCUGCCAAAGACCUGACGCCAAACUCUCUGGAAACCUGAAUGAGGGUAUAGAACCAGUCCCUGAGGGGAUGCAAGAGGAUUCUGACCGUGACGCUGACGUCGAAUUACGUGACUCAUUCCCCUGCCAGCACUGCGACAGACAUUUCACCAGUAGUCAAGGCUUGGAACGUCACUUACACAUACACGCUUUGGCCAACCACCAGACGCAUACAUUUAAAUGUAAAUACUGCAGCAAGUCUUUUGGCUCAAAGGUUGGUCGGAGGAGACAUGAAAGGAGGCAUGAGAGGACGAGGCCUGGCUCGUUGAUAAAGCCAGUGGGCUCUGUGUGUUCUCCGUUAAAUACUGACGCUGCCUCUGCGGCAGCUGGCUCCUGUACCUCAGGUUCGGCAGAGGGAGAUCCUAAAUCCGUCUGUGACGAGCGUGGAGAAUCACGGGGCGAUCAUGCCUGCAAGUACUGCAAAAAGGUUUUCAGCACGCACACGAACAUGCGACGACAUCAGCGCAGAAUUCACGAGCGACACCUCAGGCUCAAAGGAAAGUCCCUGCUGUCGUCGUCGCAGGCAACGCCGCUGAAACUGUCGGCCACGUCGUCUCAGAAGGACCCCAAGCUCGUCUGCGAGACAAACCCAGCUGUAGUUCAAGUGAACGAGGGAGAACAAGAGCAGCAGUACAUGCUCGACAUCUCCAGUAACAUCUCGGAGAACCUCAGCUUUUAUAUCGACGGGAAGAUAGUGUCGACCAGCACUGUCAGCACUUGUGAAGUACUGGAAGUCAACGCUGGAACUGCCCUGGUUAGCCUGGAUGCGGUGAUUCUUAAUCCCGCCCAGAUUGGCCAGGCUCUGAAUGUGGAGGCUGCUACAGGGAAAGAAAUCCCCGGUCAGCCAUUGACGAAAAGGAGAACCGCAACACCGCCUCUGCUACCACAAAUAAAAACCGAACUGGAAUCAGAGUCAGUACUUACAUCCUCUUCCUCGUCUAUUAUGUCCUCACUGAUAGAAAGUCUUCUUCCUCAUAAUACAGAGUCUACUGUUCUCCAGAAGGAGAAAACUGUUUUCCUGUCGCCUAAACUAAAACAGCUCUUACAGAGUCAAGAUGGCCUCAGGCCUACUCUUGCCCUAAUUACAGAUGGCCAGAAUCUAUGUUCGCCACUCUCCCUCACUGUCUUGCCAGCAGGAUCCGGGAGGUUUAAAAGGAGAACUGGAUCUCCUCCAAACACACCGCAACAAAGCCCGACGUUAAAUGUUGAAAACACAGUACCCGACCAAGGAGAUUCAGCGGCGCUCAUUGAACCGCAGUCGAAAAGUCACUGUAGUUCACCCGCACUCGACAUGUCGAGUAAUGAUGACAAUGCUUCCUUUCCGCCUGUGGAGGAGCCAAUUACGACUUGCGUCCUGCACGAUGGCUGGCCUUCGAUGAGCGGUGGUAAUUCCUGCAACCAGCAACCUCUGGAUCUCUCUGCUGCCGUCAAAAGAAGCGAAGACGAGGCGUCCGGGGAAGCGGUGUUAGAUUUGAGUUUGCAAAGAAAGAGCCCUGACGAUUUAGAAACGAAGGGAGAUGUUACACUUCAGCCUCCAGCCAAAAAGAGAAAGCCUGACGCCAGCAUGUUGGCAAAGGUCCUAAGAAAUGAGUACGCAAACCUAGAUAUUAGCGGCGGCGAGCAAGGAGUGGAUUUGUGCGAAAAUUCCGAGGCACCUUUAGUCACAGACAUUGCUAUAGUAACCACCUCUGACAUAUCAGCUGCUACUGAAGGACUUGUGUUUGGAUUGGCCCUUCCCGCUGCUACACUCAAUCCAACACCUUCCUCUAAUCUGGUCUCCAUCCAUCCUUCAUCAUGUACUUUUGCACUUACUGCUUCUUCUACACAUACAGUACUCCCAACUUCCCCCUCACUGUUUACAGUUUUAGCACCACCCACUUGUACUUCAACCUCUGGUGUUGUGACCCCGAAAAUAUCCUCAGAACCUUUUGUCAUCUGCACUGACAAACCGUUUAACUCAGAUGUGCAGUGUAAUUUGAGCACUGGCUUGCCAGAUUGGGCUACUGCCAAUGCUGCAAGCCUGGUUACCAUCUCCCAGCCUAUUGACCCAACACUUAAUCUACACAGUCAAAUGUUUCUUGCCGAUCCCAACAUUAAUCAAAUGGCACUCACUGCACCGAUUCUUCACUCGACCAUCAGCUCUGAAGUUCCUUGUCCACCAGCUUUGACUCUUAACGAUUCUCUUGUCAACUCCUUUAACAUUACAAGCAACACUGUUUUAAUCGAAUGUACCAUAGCCCUAGAUGCCCCAGAGAAUAUUGUCCCAACUGCUAUAACAGUACAGGAAAGCCUUGGGGAACCCCCAUCACCAGUUGAGAUGGUCAUAAAUCAUGUUGAGCAGCAACAGAUUGUUUCCAUGCCUCAUCAAGACACUGCUGAACCUGCUUAUCUAGUAUCCUCCUUAGCGGAAUCUGUCACUCUUUCAACCACAGCUACGGUCAUACCUGAUUUUCCUCCUGAUGGAGAAAUAAAUGAAACCCCUGUCUCCGACGUAAAACAGGAAAUAACCCAAAAAGAGGAGAAAACGGAAGAAUCGAUAGCUGACUCUAAGAACGCCAUUGAAACGACACCUGAAACAGCCCCACCCACCUCCACUGAAACGGCAGAAGAAGCAAAUGACACCAAGCCAGUGGAGACUUUCACAAAGAACUUCAUGUGCAAUGUUUGCGACAAGCUUUUUCAUUCUAUGAAGGAGCUGGGCCAUCACGUAAGUGAGCAUUCUGACACGUGGCCGUACAAAUGCGAGUUCUGUGUGCAGCUGUUCGACAACCCAUCUGCUUUGCUCGAACACCGCUCGUCCCUCCACGGUGUCGGCAAGAUCUACAUUUGCAGUUUGUGUACCAAGGAAUUUGCCUACCUUUGCAACCUGAAACACCACCAGGAAGAGCUGCAUCAGGGCCAGCAGUGCACCCACACAGAGGAAGAGAAGGGCAAGCUACGACCCCAGAAUUACAACAGUUCGGGGAAAGUCAACCCAGAGACUAUACCGCUCAAACCCCCAACGGAGUCCGAUCGAAUUGUAACAAAGGACGAGGAAGAACUGGACGAGGCCACCGAGGAAUUAUUCACAACAAUAAAGAUAAUGGCUUCUGACGGACUAAAGGUCAAAGGUCCAGAUGUGCGCCUUGGUAUCAACCAGCAUUACCCCAGUUAUAAACCUCCUCCUUUUCCCUACCACAAUCGCUCGCCUGCUGGCUCCGUGGCGUCAGCCACUAACUUCACCACCCACAAUAUCCCUCAGACCUUCAGCACUGCAAUCCGAUGCACCAAGUGUGGCAAAAGCUUUGAUAACAUGCCAGAGCUUCACAAACACAUCCUUUCCUGCGCCAACGCCAGUGACAAAAGACGUUACACGCCCAAGAAGAAUCCUAUUCCACUUCGACACUUUGCAAAAGCCCAAAAUGGAGUGUUGUCUUCUACUAACGCUACAAAUGGACAGAAUGCCCCCCAGAUGGCGAGUCAAACCAACAGGCCCAAAUCAAAUCAUGAAGCCCCUCCCAAACAGAAGCUAAGUGCACUCAACAAAAGGAAAAAACAGUUGGUUCAAAGAGCCAUCACGCGGAGGAGUAAGUCAGGCGCUUCGUCUAAUAAAGUCUCCUCCGCUCAAGUGGAGGAGGAGCAGGAGAUCUUUGCCUGUCCGCACUGCAGUAGGGAGUUCACGUACCGCCGGAGCCGAACUAAGCACAUGGCAGUGUGCCCCAUGAAACCGAAAGAGACGAAGAAGAGAAAAGACGGAGACGUCUCCUUCACUAAAGAAAACAACGGGCACCUUCGACGAGGAGCAGCUCAGGAAGAAGAGAAAAAGCAAGCACCCCAACAGAAGACCAGAGCCCACAGUUCCAACCUAGCCAAGAGGGCGGCCAACACACCUGAACAAGCGGUUCUAGCAAACAAAAAAAGUAGAACCAUCGCAAAGGGAAGCGUCCAACCACAGCAAGAGGCUCCCAAGCUCACGGCUCUGUCCGUAGUGCGGCCGAUCAACUCUCAACGCCAAGACAGUAGGGGACAGCAUGGUGUCAAAGACGUCCCUAACAGCGUUACUGUGGUAAACACCAGACAGGCUCCCCCACAGACUAGGCAGGAGGUUUCCCCACAGGCAGACACACCAGGGAGUGAGGGAGUGUCUGGCCAGGAGAGGGUUGGCGGUGAAUGAAGAAGAGAUCAGAAGACCAACAGGUUUCUACUGUAUUAAAGUGAUUUGAUGUGGCUCUGCAGUAAUUGGGCUGAGCAAUUACAAAACAGACUACUGCUGGAGGGAAGUACAGAGCAGCAUAGAUGUUCUGCAGAGGACUAAUGGACCUUUUCCCACAACUUAAUGAAGAAAAUUGUGUUAAAUAAGUAAAGAGGAAUGCCUAGAAAAAGGAUUGGACAAUAUUUGGGCGCUUUUGUAGUUCAGUUUUAUAUAUUUCUUGUCUAUUUCAGAGACCGUUUGGAAAAGACUGCUGUGCACUUUUGUGAGGAGAGCUUCACAUGCAAUUAUUGUGUAAAUCACAGGAUGGUUUGGUUGAAUACAAAAUCUAGCAAACAAGGCCAUUUUCCUGGUUAUCUAAAAUGUUUCAUUUUUAUUUUGCAGGUGGCAAUCAAAUGGGCAUGCAAUCAUACUGCUUUGAUCUCUGUGUACUGUCCGUGGCCUUUGUGUUUGUACAGUUAUUGCAUGCUAACAGCUUGUUGUACAUUGUCCUGAUCCAAGUGUAUGGAGAUUUACAACCACAUGUUUGAAUUUGAAUGAUGCUUCAAGGUAAAGUCUACCAUGUUAAACAAGGGAGUCCUGUAUUUAUUGAUAAAUUGGAUUGAAUCCAUGAAAUAAAAAGUGUACUGCCUGGUGCUGGUUUAUAACCUGAAGGGUUAUGGUUUAUUUAACUGAUUGAAUAGAUUGCAUUUAAGCACUGAUUUAGAUUAAGGAAUACAUAUUAUAAUUUAAGGACAAUGGGAAUGUAACAUUUAACAAAACCAUAAGAGAGAUUGUCUAUUAUCCAAAGAUUUCACUGUGCGAGUUCGUCACAAGGUUUCAGAAACUACUUGUGAUAUAAUUUGCACAGAGUUUUACCCCAAAUUGACAAAAAUGACAAUAUUUGGUAUGUAAUACAGCUCACGUGAAAGUGUACUGUUAUAUUUACUACUUAGAUUGUCAUAUUGCCAUGGGGAUAGAUUAACGAUAUGUUGCUUGCUGUCAAAGAUGGACUGUAAUUUAAUUUUGCCUUUUCUCUUACCAAUGUAGAGAAACAUGUUGUAGCACAAUUACAUUUUAUGGUAAAUGUUUAUCUGAUAUAUAUGAUUGGAAUUUAUUCAAAACUGGAAGAUAUAUGUGAAAUAUUAUAUUUAAUUCGGUAACUUGGUUUUUGGUUACAGAGGCCCUUUUGUGAGAGUCAAGCUUUCAUUAACAGUGUAUUGUCUGUUUGUUGCUAAUUUACAUGUCUCUUUUGAAACUAUGUGGCCGGAAUCCUCAUGUUUCAAAGCGUGAAAUAGGAGAAGUGUUUGUUCAUUUAACUCCAGCAUACUAAUGUGAUUUGAAAUUCAUGGGGAAGAUAAGCAGGGUGAUUUGUCUAUGUAAUUGGUGGUUAAUCAAUAGUAUCACAGACAAAUAAUAUUUAGUGUUUGUAUAAUCCCUGAAAUUAGUUCUCGGGAUUAGUGCAGUCUUUUCCCUCGGUUAUGUCUUUCAUUCAGACUGACCUUGGAGCGUUUUGUGGAAGGUAGAGACAAAAUAAUGUGAAAACUGCUUGUAGCAUCUCAAUGUAAUAUAAGUCAUGUAUAUUUAUGAAUAAUUUAAAUCAUGUAUCAAUAUGAAUGGUUCUGUGUACGAUUUGCACUAAUGUUUUCUUUUCUCAAAGUGUGUUAAAUAAACAGAAUGUCCAAUUGGA